AUGUCCGAUCCGAGACUGGUUGACAUGGAGCCUGGUGGCGAGAGCACCCAAUAUGAAUCAAUCCGAGAAUUUAUGGUCACGCCUGCAAAGCAGACUGGUCAAUUGGGAGUAGGCCAGCCGCACACCAAAAGUAUAACGACAGCCAUCGUGGAUGGAACAGAGACCCCUGCCUCUGGAGACGAAGAAAAACAAGCGCAGAGACUAGGAAUGGGCAACAUUAAGCCCAAUAAGGAAGAUAUGAAUUUCGACAACGCAGAGGAUGCAGCCGCCGCGAAGACCAGGAGACAACAGGGGUAUGGGCCCGGCUCCGGGGUCGGGGCUUAG